GCUCUUCGGUCUCAGUCAGAAAGAAAGGAAAAAACGAGAGAGACAGAAAGCUCCGCUGUUCGGACGAAACACGACGACCGGCGUUGCCGCGUUGGCUAACCGCUCUCGGCCGCACCGCAUGCCGGCUCCCGCCACGCUCGCCGCCUUCAACACCCUCGUCGCCUCGCUCGCGCGCUCCAGCCGCCCCUCGCAGGCGCUCCUCGCCUUCCGUGACAUGCUCGCGCGGGGCUUCCCGCCCGACCACUUCACCCUGCCCCCGGUCCUCCGCAGCUGCGCGCUCACCGGAUCCGCCGCCCUGGCCGCCUCCUCGCACGCCCUCUCCGUCAAGCUCGGCGCCCACGGAAACCUCUUCGUGGCGUCCGCGCUCGUGCAGUGCUACGCGGGCAUGUCCAACCUCCCCGACGCGCGGAGGCUGUUCGACGGAAUGCGCGAGAGGGACGCCGUUCUGUGGACGUCCAUGCUGUCCGCGUACGCGCAGGGUGGGCAGCCGGAGGAGGCUCUGCGGCUGUUCCAGGGGAUGGUGGUGGCCGAGGUGCAGCUGGAUGCCGUGGUCAUGGUCAGCCUUCUUCUCGCGUGUGGACAGCUCGGGUGGCGGCGCCAUGGGAGAAGCGUGCAUGCGUGCUGCGUCCGGAUGUUCCUGGGGAUGCCGCUGUCUCUGGGGAACGCGCUUGUCGACAUGUACGUCAAGUGCGGCGAGCUUGAAUUCGCCGAACGCGUAUUUUCUGCGAUGCCCAGGCGGGAUGUUAUCUCGUGGAGCGCUCUGAUUGUUGGCCAUGGUUUGAAUGGGCGUCCUGAUGUCGCUUUGAGGCUCUUCGAUGAAAUGGUGGCCAAAGGAGUGGAACAGAAUUCGGUCACCUUUCUCGGCGCCCUGUCGGCCUGUGCGCAUUCAGGCAUGGUGGACAAAGCGUAUGCUAUAUUCGAGCAGAUGAAACAGCGGGGCAUCAACCGUGAGCUGAAGCAUUACUCUUGCAUGGCUGAUGCGUUAGGGAGGGCAGGCCGUGUUGUUGAAGCAGUAAAUCUCAUAGAGGAGAUGCCUUGCCAGCCUGACGAGGCUAUCCUUGGUAGUGUAUUGGCAGCUUGCCGGGUGCAUGGUGAAAUGGAUGCUGCUGAACGGAUUUCAAAGAGAUUGAUGAGCAUGUCUCCUGCAAAGAGCGGCUACUACAUGAGCUUGGCAAACAUAUAUUCAGAUGCUGGAAGGUAUGGUGAUGCAGAGAGAAUAAGAGGCUUCAUGAAGGAAGUUAAAGUCGACAAGCUUCCUGGAUAUAGUUCAGUUGAACUCGAUGUUUCCAUCUCUGAAUCAAAAAAUGUAUAAUUAGUUCCAUAUAGUGCGCAAUGGAUUUUGAAGCAUUUAAGCUGUUUGGCAAGUCUGGUGGCAUACACUCAGUGCAGUGUAUGCUUUGAAGAAAGAUAUAGGCACCUGGUGGAUGGGAAGUGCAAAUGAGAUAUGACUUGGCAACUCAACAAGACAGUUUUGGGGAGGAUUAUAACAUUACAGAGAGAUGCUGAGUUAGUGCACUCAUAGUGGAAGUGUUUGAUUAUGACAUUAGCGACAUGGUAGUUGCUGAGUUAGUGUUGUCAAAUUGUGAAGUGUCAAGAGGUGUGGGGAAGUCAUUUCUUCAAGCAGACAAGGACAAAAUUCAACAGGCUGAUGAAACAGCACAUGAUGAUCACAUACAGGAAGCACACAGUCCUCCUACAUGUACUUCAGUCAUGAGAGAAUAUAUGGCUCGUGCUUGAUGAGUUGCUAAUGAGGUUCAAAUAGCUUCUGAAACUGACACAGGAUUAUCAUCAAAUAUGUGAGCAUCUGACUAGCAAGGUGUAAAUUAAGAUCGAUGUUGUAUUCACAGGAAAGUCUUUAAGAAAAUGCGCUGGUACUGCUGGCAACUGGCAAGGCUUAUUCGCUGGUAGAAUUUCUCUGUUCAAAAUAUGAUCUUACGAUGGAACUGGACUACCAAAAGGAACGCGAUAAUGUUUGUCUGUGGUUUCUAUUGGCCAUGUCAAUGAUUGUUUCAGUAAUGGAGAUUUUGUUCAAACUCCGUGGUAUCAAGUGAUUCUUAACUAGGAAAAGGUCCAUAUUACCCACCCGACUUUCAGGUUCAUGUGUUUCAACCACCUAAAAUUCCUCAAGGUAGGACGCACUGGGAAAACUGAAGUAAAAUAUCUGCACGUUCGAUGGACUUGAGUCUAAUCUCUACCUAUCCGAACAGACUUAUGUGAGGUACCGGGGAAUUAGCGCUGUUGAGGAAAGGAGACGAAGUUACUGGCAGCGAGGAAGCAGCUGGCCAAGUUCUUAGGGGUUGUUUGGUUUGUGACUAACUUUGCCAAAGAUUGCCACAUCUAAGGUUAGACAAGUUUGACCAACUUAGGUGAG